AGCGGCGGACUAAGCCCCGAACAAAGAUGGCCGCUGGCCACGAGGGACCGUUCAGUGACUGAGCGCUGUGCGGGGCGGAAGCGGAGCCCGGGUCCGUCGGGAAUAGUCCUCCCGGGGCUGCCGGCCCGUAGCUGAGCCUGGCCCCGAUGAGCAAGGCGUGGCGGCGAGGGGGCGCCCCCGGCGGCAGGAUGGAGGGGGCCGAGGCGGACCAGGAUGAGUCCAGCGGGCACGGCUCCCACAAGAAGAAGCACAAGAAGCACAAGAAGAAGCACAAGAAGAAGCAUCACCACGAGAACGUGGGCACCAGCUUCUCCGCCGAGACCCUGGAGUCCAGCCCCUUGCUCCCCAAGCCCCAGCUCAAGCUCAAAAUCAAGCUGGGGGGGCAGAUUCUGGGCACCAAGAGUGUGCCGACCUUCACAGUGAUCCCCGAGGUGCCACGCUCGCCUUCCCCCCUGAUGGUCGAGGAUGACGAGGACGAGCCCAUGGAGGGGGUUCCCAUUGAGCAGUAUCGGGCCUGGUUGGAUGAAGACAGUAACCUGGACCCAUCGCCCCUGCCGGACCUGGACUCUGAGAGCUGCUUCCCUGCCCGCGAGGACGAGGAGGAGGAGCGCUGGCUGGAUGCUCUGGAGAAGGGCGAGUUGGAUGACAACGGCGAGCUGAAGAAGGAGGUGGAUGAGUCGCUGCUCACUGCCAGACAGAAAGCUCUCCUGCAUAAGCAGCAGAGCCAGCCACUCCUGGAGCUGCCCAUGGGCUACAAGGCGAAGGAGAUGACGGAGGAGAUGCUGGUGAAGCGGGAGGAGCGAGCCCGCAAGCGGCGCCUGCAGGCAGCCAAGAAGGCGGAGGAGAACAAGAACCAGACCAUUGAGCGCCUCACCAAGACCAACAAGGCCAAGGUGAAGACACUGCGGGAGCGCAAGGCCAAACAGGCCCCGUGCCCCAUGAUCCGCUACUGCAACACUGCGGACCGGAUCACCGUGUCCUUCCCGCCUGGGGUCACCCUGCCCCUGCUGCCCUGCACGCUGCCACCCAUGCCCGCUCCCACCACCUGUGGGGUCAGUGGCUGCUCCAACCGCAAGCGUUACUCCUGCUCACGCACCGGCGUGCCCCUCUGCAGCUUUGCCUGCUACCAGAAGAACCUGCAGCUGCAGGAGGCGGUUGGCUAGGGCUUCUGGCACUGACGCUUGCUGCUGGGCUCAACCUCUUCGAGGGCAUGGCUGAAGAUCCCUGUGUCCCUCUAGGGAGGUCCAGGAGGGAUAUUCGCUCUCCAUGAGCUCAAGAUGCAAUUGCUACCCUUAUGACUGUGAGCUGAGGACCCUGGCAUCUGGGACCCCUACUAGGACUGGCUCAUUCCCUGAGAGCUGAGUCAUGUCUGAGCCCAGAGUCGCCACAGGGUUGGACCUGUCUGCCCCAGGCCAGCCUGGGGGCCCCAGGCCAGCUUAGGUGGCUCCGUGCAGCCUGGCCUCUCCAUGUCUCUCCCACCCUCCCUGGUGACUGGGGGGGAUGUGAAACGGCAUGAGCAGGCACUGGGCUCGGUUGCGUGGUGUCACCAGGCCCUGCCAUGAGGAGGCGUAUCCCGCCGUUCGGAGUCUGCCUGCCUGCAGUGCUGAGCUCUGCUGUGCUUGGGGGAGGGAGGGAGGGUUGUGGGUGGCUUCUUCCAGCUGUCAGUGGAAGGACUGACUGAGCCCAUACACCGAGGAGCUGUUCGCUCUCCUCUGCCCCAGUACAGGAGUCUCUGGAUGUGCUCAGAGAGCCCCUCCCACCCAGGGCAGGUGCUGUGGGGCCAGGGGAGGCCCUUGGAGAUGUGGGUGACCCCCCUACUGCCACUCACAUGCAGUAACUCUUGAUGUGGGGUCAAAGCAGUUGGCGGAGCUUGGUGGGGAUGGGAUGUUUCUCCAGGGAGUGGGCUUUGGGCUGCCCCAAGACCGUCAGUGCAUGGCUGCCUGGCGUGGCUCGCUGCCUUCUUGCUCCAGCUCUCAGGAGCUCGGACCACCGUGUUUGUGCACAGGAAGGUGGGAGCAUGUCUGGUGGGAUGCUGCAGGGCAAACUCAGGUGUUGCUUGUUGCCCUCCUGCAGGGCCCUUCAUGCUCUUCCCCCCUCUGCUCUCUUUGGGGCCAGGGGUUUGGACCCAGGGACGCUCGUUACCUGUAACGUUCAUUAAACCCCAUAGUACAGAAGGAACAUCUGUUGCUCCCUUGACGUGGGCUGGUGGGAGCCUCUCUUUGAUCUCGGGGCUGGGCUGGUGCGUUUUGGGGGAGCUCUGGGCUUUCGGGUUCUGUUGGUGAAAGCAGGCUGGUCUCUGCUACAUGCAGAGGGGGAAAGGCUGCCCAGCCUGUGACCUCGGCCACCGCACUUCCAGAGCCCCUUGUACCAGGCCCAGAGGACAUUUCCAGAGCACCCUGAUUUCAUUAUCAAGUCCCCUGGGGGAGCGGCCGGGGCAGUUAGUCUUGGGGUAAGGCAGAGGCUGUGGGACCUGAUCCCAGAGCCGAGAUGUAGCCAAGGGUCACUCGCCCAGUGUCAUUCACUCUUCUCAUGUCUCCCGCUGCUGUGCCCCAGCGUCUGGUGACCAGCACUAAGCAGGAUUCUGGCCUGUGGCCCAGGCUGGGAUUCCCACCUCGUGCUCUGAGCUUGUCCUAGGACAGUCGCGCUCUUGUGCACGUGAAGUAUCGUCCUAGAGCUGCAAUUCCUCACUCUUCCCCUCGUCCUGAGCUGGCAGCACCUGUGCCCACUCGCUGGCGCCCAGUGACUCUGGGCAGAGCACUCAGUGUGGAAAGUCUGUUUAACUUGUGGGGUGUAGUUUUUGAGUUUAGGGCUGGCAGCCCUGGUGCUAAUGGGGACCCUACAAUAACACAGGUGUGUCCAGCAUUCAGAACAAACAGUUUUACCCUCCACCGUCGCAGGCUCCCCUUCCGCCUGCGGAACUGUGGGAGGAUCAGAGGGUUUGGGGUCUUCACCUCUAGGAAUGGCCACACAGCAGCAGAUCACCUGGCCCCCUUGCCCAGGCUCCUGUCUCUGGGGUGCCAGGCCAGCUCUUCGCAGGAAGAUGCGAGAGGGUCCCCCCUACCCCCCUUGGACUGUUAUGGACCAACCUGUUCAAAGGAGAAGUCCCUUCCUGUCCCGCAGUUAGGGUCUCCAAGUGGUCAGGGAUGGCUGGGGCUGAGUUGACCCCAGCCCUCACCCGGUCCAUGGCGCAGAUGCUGGUUAACAAGGUGGAUCCUUAACGCUCGUGAGCUAACCUUGAGCUCGGCCUCCUCCCCAGUCUGCCUUGAGCUCAGCCUCUCCCCAGCUGCCAUCUGCCUGUCCUUCCUAACCAACCUCAUCCCCUCUUGGGGGUAGCAGGGGAGGGGCUCGUGACACGGCCAUUCCUUCUCUGCUUCCUGCAGAGAUCUUGAUUU